UCGAGGGAAAGUAAAAGCAUAAAUAAAAUAAACCUAACCCCACUUUGAAAAUUAAAAAAAGUUGGAUUGUAAACAAACGUUGAAAGUGCCUUAUUUACUUUAUUUUAAAAUAAAAUGGCUGAAAAAUUAGAAGACUUGAAUCUACCAAACGCUUCUGUUCAAAAAAUUAUAAAAGAAGCACUACCUGAUCAUGUAAUUGUUGGAAAAGAUGCCAAAUCUGCUUUGUCCAGGGCGGCUUCAGUAUUUGUUCUUUAUAUAACAUCACAAGCUUCUACGGAAGCACAAAAAGCUAAUAGGAAGACGCUAGUUGGUCAAGAUAUUAUUACAGCUUUAGAAGAAUUGGAAUUUGAAAACUUCAUCGAACCAUUGCAAAACGUUCUGAAAGAAUUUAAAAAUUCAAAAGUUAAGAAAGAUAAAACCAGCAAACCAAAAAAACUAAAUGAAGAAAAUGGGACAGUUGAGGAAGGAGAGGAUGACGAAGUCGACGAGACGGUAGAAGAUGUAUGAAUUUAAUGACAAUGUUAUGAUACUAGUUAUAAGUUUAAUAAUUUAUUUGU